AUGCACAGAAUCAUCCCUAGGAGCGAGCAGUCCCGUUGUCGCAGCCUUCCCUCCCGUCGUGGUGCCUGGAACUGGCCCUUCGCGUCUCGUGCCUCUCACAUGUCUGCAGUCAGCUCGAGGGCGUUCUCAUCUCGCGACCGAAUAACAAAUCAUGAGCCGCAGGCUGUCAUCCAUUCCGGUCAGUCUCAGGUGCAUUUUGCUAUUCGCUACCACUCUCGCCUCUUGGUCCGGGCCAUGCGAAUGUCGCUGCUGAGACGAGAUGCAGGCUGUCUUCGUUACAGUCUCCAAGAAGAGGAAUGGCCCCGAUGCUUUACCGUGCUCUACCGUGCACUUUUGGAGUGGGCAAGUAUCAUCAAUCAUAAAGCAGUCCCACUGUGCCCAGUGCCCACGGAUCGUGUCCCCAUCGUAGCACAGCAAGCUGCCAACGAAGCUCUCGGACGCAGCAACGGAUGGUACUACGGGCUCGGUACAAAUCCCAAGCGAACAUGCACAGACUCGGAUGGGGUUGAUAUACAAUUCUCAUUAUAUAUUCUUAUGACAAAGUCUGAGUUUGCUUUUCAGAUUGGGGCCGUGGUGGCCGUGAUCCUAGCCGAUGAAGCUGCUGCGAUGACGGCAACUGGCAUUUGA